CCAAGCUAUCCCCUAUUCAUAUAUUUCAGACCGUUAUAUUCUACAUAUAAAGACACAGAUUCUUUGCCAUUCAAAUCCAAAACCACACAUAUUCUCUCUCUCUCUCUCUCUCUCUCUCUCUCUCUCUCUCUCUCUCUCUUCCUAGUCUUUUAGAUUUGUCCGUCACUGUCACCGACAAAUCGGAUAACACGUGGCAGUCAUGGGCUGCGCCACCUCAAAGCUCGACGACCUCCCGGCCGUGGCUUUGUGCCGUGACCGCUGCAACUUGCUCGACGAAGCUCUCCGCCAGAGCUACGCGCUCGCCGAUGCGCACGUGGCCUACACGCAGUCCCUGAAAAACCUUGGCCCCGCUCUUCACCAUUUCUUUACCCAAAUCACUGUCACUGACCAAUCUGAUCGACUCGAACAACCUUCGAGAUCUUCUCCACACGAUCGAUUUUCUUCCAGCUCGGAUUCGAAUUCGAAUUCGAAUUCCAAUUCAAAUUCUCACAUCGAAUCUCAGUCUGAUUCAGAACCAGAGGAAGGAGGAGUUAAAGAAAUCGACUACUUCAACCAAAUUCAUCACAGUUAUCGGAGCCACCGCCAAAACCUAACGCCUUCGCCACCGCCGCCGACCAAUUCUGCUUGGGACUUCUUGAAUUUCUUCGAGACCUAUGACCGAUUCGAACCGAUAUUCGAUCGAGAAGAAGAAGAGGAGGAAGAAAAAACAGAAAAAGAACAAAAAGUCCCUGAUUUCGAACUCGAGGUGGUGAAGAAAACCAAGAAACCUGAAAAAUCCAAAAAUGUGGCGGACAAGAACGUUGUUUCGGAGAAAGAGAAGUCGGAAACUGAAACUGAAACACAAACACAAACUCAAACUGAAACUCAAACUCCAGCUGUACUUGUCUCCGAAGUAAUGAAAGAAAUUCAAGCCCUUUUCGACAAAGCUUCGGGCUCCGGCGAUGAAGUUUUGAAGUCCUUUCAUGUCGGAAAAUUCCGUUAUCAUCAGAAAAUUGCUGUUAAUCAAGUUUCGUGCAAGGUACUGCAUGCUAUUACUCCGUCUUUGCUAAACCAAACAUGUGAAUCAUCACCGUUGGUUAAGAAGAAUGGUUGUGAUUAUGUGGGAUCUGAUGAAGAUAUGGGGUUCAGUUCUGGGAAUCUCUCUUCUAGUUUGGAGAAGCUGUGCACGUGGGAGAAGAAACUCUAUAACGAAGUCAAGGCUGCAGAAAAAUUGCGUACAAUUCAUGAGAAGAAGUGCAGGCAGCUGAAACGUUUGGAAGAAAAGAGUGCCGAGGCUAUUAAAAUUGAAAUCACCAAAAUUGAAACCACCCGAUCUUUAAUCAGAACUUUAUCUACUAAAAUGAACAUUUCAAUUCAGGUUGUCGACAGGAUAUCAAUUACAAUAAACAAGUUGAGGAAUGAAGAGUUGUGGCAGCAGAUCAAUAAGUUACUUCCCGGGUUAGUUGGAAUGUGGAAAGCCAUGCAGGAGUGUCACAGGUGUCAGUGCCAAGCAUUUGAACAGGGCAAAAGUUUGGAUGUUAUUACAUCCAAUGUCAAGUUUAGUUAUGCUCAUCUUGAAUUAGCCAUGGAACUCAAGUUUGAGCUUCAAAACUGGAGCCUCAGCUUCUUCAAGUGGAUCGACACCCAAAAGGCCCAUGUCAAAGCCUUAAAUGGUUGGCUUCUGAGAUGUCUACUGAAUGAACCUGAAGAAACACCCGACGGUAUAGUGCCCUUCUCCCCUAGUAGCAUUGGUGCACCCCCGGUGUUUGUGAUUUGUAAUCGAUGGUCACAAGCCAUGGAUAGAGUCUCAGAGAAGGAAGUGAUUGAAGCCAUGCAGGGAUUUUUCACGUGUUUAAAUCAGCUCUUGGAACCGCACAUUGUAGACCUGAAGCAAAGGUCAGUUGCAGACAAGGACAUGGAGAGAAAGCUUAAAAUCUUGGAGAGGGAGGAACAAAGGAUACAAAAGAUGGUGCAGGCUCAAGAGAAAAAGAUGGGUACAGUCUUGCCCCGGAGUGAAAUUCGCAAUACAAGUAGCCUGCUGUCAGGUCUGAAACAGAUUUUUGCGGCUUUGGAGAGGUUCUCAGCUAACUCUUUGCAAGCACACGAGGAGCUUUGUCAACACAUUCAAGAAAACGGGCAUGUUUGACUGUGUCUUCCAGGACCUCCAGGCCCAUUAGUUUUUACAGAUAUGGUGUAAGUUUUUCUAGCAUGAUUUUUGGCUUGUGUAUGUGCAUGCAGCAUACUUUUUCGAGUUCAGUGAUAUAUUAUAUUAGUUGAUUGGUGGUCCAACAUUCUUAUUCUUAUCAUUUCCAUGCUGAAGUCAACCAGGCUGAUUCUAUUGCCUGUUCAUCUCAUUAAGUUUAGGUGGUGUGAAUAUUGACCUGCAUUCCAUAUCUCGGUAUUAUAAUCAGCUCUAAGCCAGUAAAGUCAAGAGCUCCAAGGUUGCUUAGUGCUGACAAGAAAGAACCAAGUGGCACAAUGAAGAAAAUGAACACAAGGUCUAAGGUAUGCUUGACUGGAAUUUGUUUGACAGUUACUUGUUGGCUUUAAUGGGAAUGGGGGGAUAUAAUAUUAGCUCUGGAAUUGGACUUGUUGUAACUUGGGGUUUGUUGAACUUGAGUUUUCACACUGUAAACAACUAAACAUCAUUGUCUCGAGUGUAGAAACCAAAUGGGAUUUUGGUACCUUUUUCAAGCUUGUCCUAACUUGAUUAUAGCGAUAAUUUUAUUUAAGAAAGAAUGACAGUUGGUAAGAUCAGCAAGGCAUCAGAAUCUGAGCUGCAAAUUCAUAUA